AUGUCAUCAUCCGAAGCUAAGAAAAGCCGUGGCCGCCAAAGGAUUGAGAUUAAGAAAAUGAGCAACGACAUCAACCUCCAAGUCACCUUCUCCAAGCGCCGCAGCGGGCUUUUCAAGAAAGCCAGCGAGCUUUGCACUCUCUGCGGCGCCAGCGUGGCUUUGGUGGUGUUCUCGCCGGGGGAGAAAGUGUUCUCCUUCGGCCACCCCAGCGUGGAUGGCGUCAUAGAGCGUUAUCUCAAGCGAGGCCCACCGCCGGAGGCUGGCAACAUGCACUACAUGGCCAAAGUCAUUGAGCUCAACGGCCAGCUGACUCAUAUCAACGAUCAGCUCGAGGCGGAGAGGAAGCACGCCGAGAAGCUGAAUAGAAAGCAGAAGGAGGCCGAAGCCCAGCUCUGGUGGGCCCGGCCCGUGGAAGGGAUGAUCAUUAUGGAAAACCUUGAGAAGUUGAAGAAAGCGUUUGAGGAGCUGAAGCAACAAGUGGCCGGUCUUGCUGAUAUGGCUUUGUCCCAGUCUGUUGCAAAUGGAAAUCCGGGCCAUCAGUUUUUUCCUGGGGCUUCUUCCUCAGCCAUUCCCAACGUUGUGCUUCAACCACCAUCACUGCCAGUGGCCCAGGUGUUCCCUCCUAUUACACAUAUGAUGCUGCCACCACCACCCAUUAUGUUUCAGAAUUACACGCUUCCUGAUCAUGGGAGCAUGAUGAUGAACCCCAAUGGGUUUAAUAAUGACAUGGGAAUGGGAGGAGGAGGAGCAUUUGGAGUACCAGGACCUUCUAGUGCUGGUGGUUGUUUCUUGUGAUCCUCCCCAGCUGGAUCUUGAUGCCCUUUUGUUUUUAAUUAAAGGUUCAUGUUGUUUUUGUUGUUGUUUUAAUUUCAGUAUCAUUCCGGCUUAGCUAAGUUUUACGUGACAUGCAUGGUUAGCAGUGAUCAAGGUGCGGACAUUCUUGUCUUAUGAACCAUCAUCAUCACUGUCAUGUAAUGCUAGCUGGAAU